GUCGCACGUCACCAGCUUCUUCGCAGCCCACGUAGACUCGUCGCAGCGGUCGUUCGGCGUAUUCGUUCGGAGCCCUGGGGUGCCUGGGUCGCCGGUCACCCCAUGGCAUGCUUGGCAUUGCCAUCGCUUGGCCUUGAGAAGGAUUGAGUUGCUUCGCCCACUUCGUGAUGCAUGAGCUGUGGAGGCUUUGUUGCAGGGCCUCCGUGCUGGUGGUCUUGUCGGGGGUGUCCUUUUUCAAGCUGCUCCCACAUCUGAAUACGCUUGGAACUUCUGGGCUCACCGGGCAGAGUGGCCUUUUCUUGUCGCAGCCCCUGGGCUCUUCACUUGAAGUCCCCCGUGAGCCCGCGCCGGCCACUGUCGAGUUCAGCGUGGAUGGGGCAGCCGGGCCCGCGUCAACCGUGGCUUCACCGCCAGUGCUCGCACCGGUAUCACCAGCGGCACCGGUCGCGGUAGCACCGCCGGUGUUGGCCGCAGCACCUGCACCUCCAGUGCCUGUGGUGUCACCGGCCAGUCCACCAGAGGAGCUUUCAACGCCCUGCAAGCGGCGCUUGGCCUUCGUGUUGCGGGGCCAAGUGCAUCGCUAUGGGCGACGGAGCCAGCAGGUGGCGUCCAAGACGCAUUUGCAGGCGGCGGAGGACUUCCGGCGAGCACAGUUCUUGGUGGACUUCGUUCUGGUGAGCCGGUCGGACCACGACCAAGGUUUCCUGCAAGAGACCUACGGGCGCGAUGCCAAGAUCGCAGUGGUGUACGAUUCGGAAUGCAAGGCCCGAGGAAACUGCUAUCAGAGCCGUGCUGUGAUCAAGGCUUUGGAGCUCAUCUUGACCUCAGGUCAUUCCUACGCCUUCAUCCUGGUGACGCGUUUCGACAUGUCCUUCAAGACUGAGCUCUUGAAGACCCCUGGCCUGCUGCAGUCGCGCUGGGCGGAGUGUGCCCAGUGGCCGGUCAUGAACCACACCUACUGGGGAGCCUGGUGGGGUGGCCGCAUGGAGUACAGUUCCAAGAAGUUCACUGGGCCGAUCAAGCAGAUUUGUGAUACGCUGCAGCUGUUUCCGGCACACGUGGCGCGGUGCAUGAUAAAGUUCUUGGCCGAUGAGCCGACAGCCUAUUUGACCUCCAAGAUGCCCGAUGCUUCUGGAGUGCGCACGAGCAGCUAUCAGCGUUGCGACCUAGACGAGAAUGCCCUGGAAGGAUUGAUGUACCCUGGAUGGUUCGACUCUGGCAUCAAGGACCAGUCGAAUCCUUUGUACGAGAUCCCUGGCCGCACCGUGGCCACGCCUGGUGCUUGCCGAGGGCUGGCGGACUUCCGCUGGCUUCCACCGCCCAUGGCCACCUACUGCUGUAGCAAGCGGCCGGACCGGCACGAGUGCGAAGGCGCUCAACGGUGCGACAAACUCUGCAAUGCGUGCAUCAAGCGUGGGGAGUGUAAGAAGUGGGGCAGAAAGCCACCCCAGUGGGGCUGUUGUGGCAAGGGCACCUUGGAGCUCUUGCCCGCUGGACGUCCUGAGGAGUUGCUGAAAGGCUUGGCGCCGGACUGGUGGCAUGAGCCCCUGAGGCGGCCGGAGGAGCGCGUGCCCCCCACGCCGGCGCCCACGCCCACCGUGCCUGCCCCGGUGCCGCUCGACUUGGGUCGCAGCUCGGAAAGUCAAUGCUCCCAGCGGAUCGCCAUGGUCCUCCGCGGCGAGAUCGGCCGCCACGCCUGGCGCGACCAAGAGCUCUGCAGCGCCUCGCACCGCCGUGCGGCCGAGAGCCUGCGCCGCGCGGGCUACGAGGUGGACAUCUUCUUGGCUUAUCGAAAAGAGUCGAACUUGGACCAUGUGAAGGAUCUUUACCACCCCUUCCGGGCGAGCGCGGUGAUCGAUGUCGCCCCGUGCGCAAAGACGACAGAGCGGCAUAUCCGGAACUGCUACCAAAGCUCUGCCGGGGUCACUGCCACCAAGAUGAUCCUGGACUCUGGUGUCGCCUACGACUUCGUGCUGCUCCUACGCUUCGAUAUUCACCUGACCACAGAUCUACUGCAGCUGCCAGGGCUGGUGCAGAGCGGCUUCGCUCACUGUCGAGGGGACCGGCACACCUACUUCUUGCCCUUUCUUGGAGGGCGCAUGGAGGUGGAUACGCGCUUCUUGGGAAACAAAUUCCCGGGCUCCGAUAUGCUGCAACUCUAUCCGGCGCAUGUGGUGCCGUGCCUGUACAAGCUGAUGAAGGAACAUCAGACCUCCAGCUGCAACCUGCUCCGCCCGGAGUACUGGCUUCGCCGCUGUGAUCCGGAAGGCUCUCUAGGGCUCCUCUUGGCGGGUUGGUUCGACGAGGGGAUCAAGCUCCAAUCGAACCCGCUCUACGACAUCCCUGGAAGGACACAGCUGGGGCGAUGCCAAGGCUUCCAGAACUUCCGAUGGCUGCCAGCGCCGAUGAAGGCCUACUGUUGUGUGGACAAGAACGAUCGCUUCACGUGCAACGGCAAAGGGCACUGUGACAAGCUUUGCCCCGUGUGUCGCAAUGGAUGUGCCGGCUUUGGCCCAGGCCACGUCCCCGAGUGGCAGUGCUGUGGCCCUGGUCAGCUGCACCCCGUGCUGCAUCAGCCGCACCAGGUGCCGCAGGAUCUGCCGGCGGACUGGUGGCGCUUGAGCCACCCGGACAUCAACGACUCCAGUGUCCAGGAAAGCUGCGGGCUCUAAGCCGAAGCAGCCGCGCUGGCAGCGAACCGCAGCCGCUCUGGCCGGAGGUCGCAUGGUAUCUCGCAAAAGGCUGAUGGCGGUGGUGCGUGCGACGAGUUCGCGGCACCGAAGAAGGGCGGAGCAAGCUGGAUGGCAUGCUGAACACAACCGAGCCAGUCCUGAUCCCGCCGGCGAAGGGUGGUGAACGAACGGAGAAGAACGUGGCGACGGAAAAUAGCGUGAACGUGCC